GGCUGUCAGCGGACAGUGCCGUGCCGACAGCGAAGGAGGACGCAUCUACGCUCUCUAUUCACAGCAGCUCUGCUAGGUGUGCCCAUAAAAUAGGAAGGUCCCCUUUCUGCUAUCUUAUCGGCUGACUAUCCAGAGGGGCGGUUACACGAAGCCGAGCUGCUCUCUAUUCCUGCACUGUUAGUCUCACGCCAGUCAGGCAGCACUGCCGCCCGACUGCCUAAACGGUCCAUAAACUAUGGCACCAAAGUACGUGCUGCACUACUUCAACUUCACUUCCUUGGGCGAGCCCAUUCGGUUCCUGCUUGCUUACGGCAAAGCCGACUGGGAAGAUAUCCGAUAUGAGCGCUGGGGAGAUGAUUGGCAGAAGGCUAAAAGUAAAACACCAUGUGGAACGAUGCCCAUUCUAAUAGUGGACGGCAAGCAGUAUGCCCAGUCUGCCGCCAUUGCCCGGUACCUUGCUAAGCAGUACGGUCUUGCCGGGAAGGACGACAUGGAGAGUCUGCAGAUCGACAUUGUUGUCGACGUUUGUGCUGAUUUGUUCUCCAAGAUCGGCGCGUGGCACUACGAUCCGCUCCCAGACAGCAAGGCCUCCAAGGAGGCGCCUCUCUUGAAAGAACAAGUGCCUUUCUGCCUCGCUAAGCUGGAAGAGAUCGUGAAAGCGAAUGGUGGCUACCUCGUCAACGGGAAGCUCACCUUGGCCGACAUUUUCUUCGCUGCUCCUCUCAACUGGUACAUAGCUGUUACCAAGACAAACCUACUACAAGCAUACCCUACGCUUCAGGCACUUGUCAAGAAAGUUGAAUCUCAACCAGAGAUCGCAAGCUACAUCGCGAGUCGCCCUACGAACCCUGAAAAUAAAUGAUGCAGUCGUAUCUACACGCUAAAUGUUAA